CAUUUCACCAGCUACUGCGGCUGGUUUCCUUGUAAGCAGAGGAAAAAUAAAUAUUAAAAUUCAAGUAAAAGGUUGUGAAUUUGAAAGCACAUCAUAGCUGUGAAUUAGGGGUCAGUUCAAGAACAAAGUCUCCUCUAGGACUGUUCUCAGAGACAAAGCUGUCAUUCCCGUCAGCUGCCAGAAGUGAUUUUAGGUGCUGGACCUGGCAGUCCCUUCUUACAGAACCAGAAGUCUCACAGGUGUCAGAGCAAGUUUGUUUGAAGUUACAUCAGAUUCCAUUGAUGAAAGAUCCCGGAUGGAUUCGAAACGUCUGGACUCGCAAUCUAAACGUCCAAACCAUGAAUUACGUUGGACAGUUAGCAGGGCAAGUGUUUGUAACUGUGAAGGAGCUCUAUAAGGGACUAAACCCAGCCACGUUGUCAGGAUGCAUCGAUAUAAUUGUUGUACGUCAGCCAGAUGGAAAUCUUCAGUGUUCCCCUUUCCAUGUACGCUUUGGGAAAAUGGGAGUUUUACGUUCCAGGGAGAAAGUGGUUGACAUAGAGAUUAAUGGAGAGUCUGUAGAUUUGCACAUGAAACUAGGAGACAAUGGAGAGGCCUUUUUUGUGCAGGAGAUGGAUAAUGAUCAGGAGGUUAUUCCUUAUCAUCUGUCCACAUCUCCCAUUCUGUCUGAGGGAAGUACUUUAAUGGGAGCUCAGCUGAAGAGGAACUCCAUAGACAGGAUAAGAAACAUGGACACCACUGUGUCCUCACAAGUACCACCACAAGCCCAUGGUUCUCAGCCUUCUACUGAAGUAUCUCUAGUCUGUAGCUCUGUGAAAAAAAGGAGGAAGAAGAGGAGAAAGUCUACCCAUAAGAUGGACAGCUUGAAAAGAGAAGACAAUGGAGACACAUCAGAAGAUGAAGACAUGUUUCCUAUAGAGAUUAGCUCAGAUGAAGAAAAAGAACCAUUGGACAACUCAAGGAUCCCCGUUCCGGAUGUGUUUGUUGAUGAUGUAUCUGAUAUAAAGGCUCCUGCAGUUUCUACGUUUCCUCAGUCUGCAUCUUAUCCUUAUUCAGAUGGAGAAUGGUCACCUCUUCAAAGUAAUCCUAUAGAUUGCACAGGGCAAUCCUCUCUUCUCACUGUUCCAGCAGAUGGAGGCCUAUCUAACUCUUGUCCUCAACAUUCUUCUCACUUUUCUCCUCCAGACAGCCCAUCAGGUUCACGUCCUCCUACUCCUAAAAGUGACUCAGAAUUAGUCAGUAAACCUAUGGACAGAAGUGGACUGAAGAAUAAUCCCCACAUGCACUGGGCAUGGGGAGAGCUACCCCAGGCUGCAAAGUCCAGUUCUCCACUCAAAGCAAAGGAACCCAGCAUGGUGGAUGUAAAUCCUUCUGAAAGCACUCACUUUCAGGUCAUCCAGAGUUCUCCUAUGGAGGAGUUUAACACUGUGUCUCCUCUACCUGCCCUUGGACAAGCAGAUGCAGCAGCUAUUGAUGAAAGUGAGCCUUUACCAGCUGAGAUAAAUAAGGGAGAGAUAGAGUCUCCAGGAGCAGCUGUGCCACCAUUGCCUGCCAAUGAAGAAAUCAAACAAGCUGCAGCUUGCUCAGCCCAACCAACUGGCAAGACAGAUUCCCCUUCCAGAAGAAAAGACAAACGAAGCCGGCAUCUUGGUGCUGAUGGUGUCUAUUUAGAUGACCUCACUGACAUGGAUCCAGAAGUUGCUGCACUUUAUUUCCCCAAGAAUGGGGAUAACGUCCAAAGCAAGAACAUGAAUGACAUGGGCCCGCGGUCUGCCAGCCAUUCUCCGCAGUCUGUCGGGAGCUCAGGUGUUGACAGUGGCAUUGAAAGCACUGUGGAUGGAAUUCGUGAUUUGCCCUCUAUUGCCAUUUCUCUCUGUGGAGGUCUUACUGACAACAAAGAAAUAACCAAAGAAGAAUUUUUAGAACAUGCUGUAACAUAUCAGCAGUUUGUGGACAAUCCUGCUAUCAUUGAUGACCCUAACCUUGUGGUUAAGAUUGGAAAUAAGUACUACAACUGGACGACAGCUGGUCCUCUUCUGCUGGCGAUGCAGGCAUUCCAGAAACCUUUGCCAAAGGCCACUGUGGAAUCUAUAAUGAGGGACAAGAUGCCCAAAAAAGGUGGAAGGUGGUGGUUUUCAUGGCGAGGGAGGAACAGCACUAUUAAAGAGGAAGCAAAGCCAGAGCAAGGUAUGAGUGGACUUACAGGAGAAAACUCUUCACAGAUGGGCAUGGCAAACAGAAUGAAGGAUGAGUCUUCUUCAAGUGACGAAGACCCUAGAGCUGCCAAACAAAACCUUGGGUCAUUACAAGCCAACUCAAGUCAUCUCUCGUUAUUGUCUGGAAUCAGUUACAAAAAAACACUACGGCUCACUUCUGACCAGCUUAAAAGCUUAAAGCUCAAGAAUGGACCCAAUGAUGUGACCUUUAGUGUUACAACACAAUAUCAGGGCACCUGCCGCUGUGAAGGCACAAUUUACCUGUGGAAUUGGGAUGAUAAAGUUAUUAUUUCUGACAUUGAUGGAACAAUCACACGGUCAGAUACUUUAGGUCACAUUUUGCCGACUCUUGGCAAAGACUGGACACACCAAGGGAUUGCAAAGUUGUACCAUAAAGUGAGCCAGAAUGGAUAUAAAUUUCUGUAUUGUUCAGCGCGUGCUAUUGGAAUGGCAGGCAUGACCAGAGGAUACUUGCACUGGGUCAAUGAACGAGGAACUGUGUUGCCUCAAGGGCCAGUGUUGCUGAGUCCAAGCAGCUUGUUCUCAGCAUUUCACAGGGAGGUGAUAGAAAAGAAGCCAGAAAAAUUUAAAGUUCAGUGUUUGACAGACAUCAAAAAUUUGUUUUAUCCCAACACAGAACCCUUUUACGCUGCUUUUGGAAACAGACCUGCUGAUGUUUAUUCCUACAAACAGGUGGGAGUUUCUUUAAACAGAAUAUUUACAGUUAACCCCAAAGGAGAACUUAUACAAGAGCAUGCAAAGACAAACAUCUCAUCCUAUGUCCGACUAUGUGAAGUGGUAGAUCACAUUUUCCCUUUGCUGAAAAGAAGCCAUUCUUCAGAUUUCCCUUGUUCUGAUACCUACAGUCAGUUCACCUACUGGAGAGAACCUCCACCACCUUUUGAAACUCAGGAUGCACAUCCAACCUCAUCUUAGCUGCGUUUCCAAACUGUUGGCCUCAGCUCAAAGAAUGAGUUAGCUUGUGUUGAAAGGACAGCACUUGGCAUCUGCUGUUCACAACUCUGCUGGAAUCUGUGAUGUUGUGAGCAUAGUAUUCUUUUUGCUGUGAGCAAAUCUAGAAGUGCUUUUUCAUACUUAGCCACAUUUCCAGAUGACAGGGAGUCCUAGUAGGAAUAGGAGUUGCAUUUCUAACUCUUCACCCAGCUCCUCAAAUUGUGCCCUACAGUUCCGUUACUUAAGGUCAAACAAAAGCGAAGUGAUGCUGGAGUUGCAGUUAACGUGCUGUAAGGUCGUAAAGUUGUACUGUGUCUUUUCUGUGACACUGAAGUAGCCUUUGAUCUCAUCAGAACCCCCUGCACCUAAGGGAGCUGUAGUCCUGACGUCGUUUGGUGACGUGGACAGGGGUUGCAAAUCCAUAUGUCAAAAUUCCUUACUCUGAAGAAGCAAAUGAUUCUUCCUCUUUUUCUUGCUUGACCAACAGCUGUUUGUUUAAGAGUUCAUUACUGGAUCCUCAGCUGUUAUAAAUCAGAGUAGCUGUCAAAGCCAAUUGAGCUGUGUGGAUUUAUUCCAGCCUGUUGUUUUGAUAUGGUAACACUUUUUCUGAGGAAAUAAAUGAUGUGUAAUCUGAAUAGAAAGUAAAUUAAAUAAGAUGGCCAGAUUCUGACAGUAUUUCUCAAUUUGAGAAGUACCAUGCGUCAUGAAUAGUUAUUUGGAUUAAGGUAAUCGUGUAAGUGGAAGAUACAAGCCCCUAUGUGUAGUACCUGUCUUAUUGAAGUUAGUGAUUUUCAGUAAAGAUGUCUUAUCCACGGAAUGUGCUGAGUUUCAAGAUUGUUACUGAGCCAAGAACACUGAGGAUUUUGUCAAAAUUUAAUAGCUUUAUUUGAAACAUUAUUUUGGCUAAAAUGUGAACUUUGAUGCUGAUGAAUGAUGCACCUCAGGUUUUUAGUGUAUGGGAUUUUUUUUUUUGUUGUUCUGUAUGAAAGAAUAGAUGCUUUUAGUGCAAUUUACUCUUCUUCAAGAUAAUGAAAUCUCCUCUUUCAUCUUUUUUUUCCUUGUUUGUCCAGACACAAGCUGUAGAUACUGGUUUUGCUACCUGCUUUUGACUGCCUUAAGACUUAACUGUGUGUGCUAAAAGCAAUACUGCAGAUCAGUUGAUAAUGUUUUCCAAAUGGUCUGCCUUUACACAAUGCAGUACUUCACUUAAAAUGUACACAUCAAGUGACCAUAUGCCAAAUGAUCCUCAAAUAUACUUGUAGCUAGGAAAGAAACUUUUUUUUUUUUACCCUUUUAAAUAGUAGGUAAGAGUCUAAUUGUUCUCUGAAACACAGAAAAUGGCAUCAUGGGAUUCAGUGUAUAUUGGAUUUCAAUAAGGCUAAAACAGUGAUUCACAAGCUGUGGUCUCUGCCAGCUUGUGCUCUGUGAGACUAUGGUACAUGUUUUGCAGCUGCUUUGUAGUGUUUUCAGUUAGGAGUUUAAUAAUAGGAAGGCAGAAUUGUCCAGGAGAAAUUUUAAUAUGUGAUUGUGGUCUGUUACUACCCAAAAGUUCGGGAACAGCUGCUUUGUCUCGCAUUUAUUCUGUUCCAAAAAUUCUGGUUGUGCAUUUCAAGGGCGAUAGCAGAAUAGACAGGAUGAUAUCUAUAAAAGGGAGUUUCUAACUUUUAGUGCUGCAGACUUUGUCUGAGAUGUCAGGGGGCCAAUUUGUGAUUUCCCUGUGCCUUCAGUAAUAACGAGUAUAAGUGCAAUCCUUUAUACAGCUGCAGUGUGCAGUGGUGAGCCCUCCCUACAUCUUCCUUUCCGCAUGAAUGUUGCUGCUUCAGGCAAGGUGCACGUCUACUUUGGAGGAUUAGACAAACACAAAGGAAAAAUGUGUGUUAUCAGAGUGCUAAUGCUCUCUUGGAAGCUAAAAUGCAAAUAUCUUUUUACUUACAGAUGGAAGAAAUACAGUAUAGAUUUUCUGAAAGACAAUCACUAGGGAAUACAAGUUGCCAAACUGAGAUGGUUGCAUCUCUAAAUAUAGCCACACUUUCUCUUAAGUAUCUGUUAAUGCUUGUCAAUAAUGAUUGGAUUAAUGGAUGAAUAUACUAACCGCAUCCUAUUUUAAUUCUGCUUUGGUAAAGGCCUAUUUCAGUCCAUUUAUUAUAAAAAAAUCAAACCAACCCUUCUCUUCUGUAAGAGGCUGUCAGUUUUGUGUUUCUAUCCUUCCCAGCAGUUAAGAUCUAUUUUCCUAUGGUAUACUGCGUGCAGUAGUUUCCACUAGAAAAGGUGAUCCCUGAAAGCUCUCUAUAAUUAAAGCCUGUGAUGUAUUUAUUUAUAACUUUAGUGAACAGCUAAUCGAGGGUUGUUUGUUGCUGUUAGUAUUUCAAACCAAGCGACAGUGUGAAUGAGUGGUCAUCCUAAUUCUGUCAGAUGUCUAAGCGUAGUGCAGCACUGGUGCAGGUAUCCCUGAGACACCGCAGAGUUUUUCAAGGCCAUUAAAUGGAGUGUGGCUGAUAGAUCUAGCGUUGGCAAUCAUCCGCUUCAAGCGUGGAGUUGGGCUAGAUGUCCUCCAGGGGUCCCUUCUGACCAACAUUUCUGUGAGUCUGAAGUCAAACGAAUGCUUCUGACAGACUGUAUACCCCUUUGUCUCUGCAAGAUGAGGUGUAGCUGAACAGUGAAAUGAAUGUGUGUUUAUGUAACUAAUAUUUAUCAAGCUUGCACACAGAAAAGAUUCUUGUGAAAAUAAAAGUUUUUGACCCUCUAGAAACAUCACUGUACUUUUUCAGAGAGUGUAAGACAUUUUUGAUCUGGUAGUGGAGCAAUUUUAUGCAUAAUAUUUAAACUUUGUUAAUUGAUGUGGAAGAAAAAGGGAUGGUUUAACGAAUUCUUACUCUUUCUGUGAAAGAAAAAUUGAACCUUGCUUGUUGUGUAAUGCUGGUUUCUGUUACAGAGAGAAUAUUUGGCUAACAUAAAUAUGCAGACACAUGAAAUCACAGUUUAUUCUAUGUAUACAAUACACACAAACUAGAAUAUGCAGCAGUGAGGAGUGAUUAAUGUUUAUUUUCGUGAGGCUGAUGACCGUACCACUCCAGCUGUGUCCUGUGAGGGAAAGAAUACCAUACUUGUUGCAUUAGGUACAUUGAAGAAAAAAUGUUACUGCUGUGAUUUGAGGAGGGAGGAGAAAGGGGGUACUGGGUAUUUUUUAUUUGUAGAUAUGGAUUAUUAUUAUUCCAAAGCCUAUUUAUAUACAGUAUUUACUCUGUAUAUGUAUGUGCUACUGCAAUGCUGAAAAUCACUUUAACACCUCAUUUUGAUCUGCUGAAUGCAACAAGGGUAGAAAUAUAUAUUGUAAUAAAGGCAAAUAUAAUUUUUUCCUGACUUUUCUGGUU